AUGUCUCCUCCCACUCCCACAGACGUUCCCAACACACCGCCCGUCAUCACCCCAGGUGGCACCUAUUCUAUCCAGACCGUUUCUGUAGGCUGCAAGAUAUACAUUCGUCGCACUGACUCCGACGGCAAUCCCGAAGAGCGUCUAGCUGAAAUUCUUUCCAUUCGCGACAAACCAGUCAAUCCCUAUGCCCGCAGCACCAGAGCCAGCCAGAGUAGUGAUGCAGAAGUGAAACCAGAGGAUCAGUGGGAGUUCUUUGUUCAUUGGGAUGCUUUCAAUAAACGCCUCGACGAUUGGGUUCCGGGCUCUCGUCUUGUUUUGAGCAGGGAUCUCGAGUGGCCUCGUCCAAAGACACCUGCGGGAAAGAAGAAUACUACUGCCAAGAAGGCUCCUGGCAAGGCCCCUCGCGCUCAAAGUUUGCUGAAGAAAGCCACCACAAAUGCAGCCAUCGCCACAUCGCCACCAACACCAACCUUAUCUUCCCAUAUUCCAGAAUUCACAGCUUCCCCCUCUCCGGCCCCAUCACCGUCGCCAUCCUAUCUCAAACGGAAGACCCCACAUGAUGAGGAGGAAGAGGAAGAAGAGGACCCAGAAGAUCUUGAUGCAGAUGCGGAUGGGGACAUGGAUGUCGACGGAGAAGCCGACCUCGAGACGUUCGACCUUAGCAUGACCGAGUCCAUGCCGUCCGAAAACCUCACUGCAACCUCUACAUUCAGCAAAGAGCAGGAGAUUGAAAAGUUACGCACCUCAGGCUCCAUGACUCAAUCCAUUUCCGAAAUUGCUCGUGUCAAAAAUCUCAACCGUCUGCAGAUUGGGAAACAUGAAGUCGAUGCAUGGUAUUUCAGCCCUUAUCCGAAGGAAUAUGCCCAUCUUCCUAUUCUCUACAUCUGCGAGUUCUGUUUGUCAUUCUAUCCCUCUCCCAUGAUGCUCUCCAGACACAGGUUGAGGUGCACUAUGCUUCAUCCUCCUGGCAACGAAAUAUACCGUCAUGAAGACAUUUCCUUCUAUGAGAUAGAUGGGAAACGCCAAUUGACCUGGUGUCGGAACCUCAGCUUGCUGUCAAAGUGCUUCCUUGAUCACAAAACAUUGUAUUACGACGUGACGCCUUUCAUGUACUACGUCAUGGUUCAACGAGACUCUACCGGCUGCCAUGUCAUUGGCUACUUUUCCAAGGAAAAGGAAUCGGCGGAAAGCUACAAUGUUGCCUGUAUCCUGACGCUGCCGCAACACCAGCGCCAUGGGUAUGGUAAACUUCUCAUUGAGUUUUCGUAUGAACUCAGCAAGAAAGAAGGAAAGCUAGGUAGUCCGGAAAAGCCUUUGAGUGACCUAGGCUUGUUGGGAUAUCGAGCGUACUGGGCAGAAACCAUCAUCGAACUCUUGCUGAACAAUACAGACGGCGAAUUGAGUAUCGACGACAUAGCGCAGAAGACGUCCAUCACACAUGCCGACGUGCAAAACACAUGCGUAACCUUACAAUUGUUCAGGCACUACAAGGGCCAGAAUAUGAUAUGCCUGACAAACUCAGUUCUAGAACGACACGAGAAGGCGCGCAGUAAACGACGAAGGCGAAUUCAUCCCGAGUGUCUCAAGUGGAAACCACCAACGUUCACACGAGAUCAGCUUCGGUUCGGAUGGUAG